AAAUGUCAUCACAGUGACGUUAACCAUGGCUCGGAUGUGACAGACAGACAGACAGACAGACAGACAGACAGACAGGUGUGAGCUCCUGGGACUGUCACACACACAACACUCUGUCAGACAGAAGGGUCUGAAAACCAAAAACAGCAACAAUUAAAAAGAAAGAAAAAAACCAUCCAGCAAGCAGGAGAUCUUCAGGUGGAAAAGUUUUGUUCAUGAGAGACAGACAGAGAGAAGGAGGUCAGAAGAGAAAGGACGGACUGGUUCGAGGUAACCGGAAAGCCACGGUAGCUCAAACAAUCACUCUUUACAACCGUCAUGAGCAGAAAAGCAUCUCAACAUGUCGAAUCUUCAUGUCGAUUGGCUACAACAGCACAAAACCACGUCGUUUUCCAUCAGGAAUCUGAUCCUAGAGCGAGCUGGACAGGUGAAGACCAGACAAACAUGACUUGGCCUUUUUACGGUGUUGACCUGUCAGGUUUUGUGUCAGAGCCUCGUGGAGAAGCGAGCGGUGAAGAGGAACACAUAGAUGUGUGUGAAGAAGAGAGAACAGAGGAGAAGACUUCACCAAACCAGUUCAAUCAAGAAAUGGCAAGUUCGGAACUGACCAAUGGGAGCGCAGAGGAAGCCAAGCCCGGCCAAUCAGAGAGCGAGGAGAGGGUGUUUGUGCGGAACCUGUACCAGUUUAUGAAGGAAAGAGGCACGCCCAUUGAGAGAAUCCCUCAUCUUGGCUUUAAACAGAUUAACCUGUGGAAAAUUUUCAAGGCUGUGGAGAUACUUGGAGGCUAUGAGUCGGUGACGACCCGACGGUUGUGGAAGAACGUGUAUGAUGAGUUGGGUGGUAGUCCGGGUAGCACCAGCGCCGCCACCUGCACUCGCAGACAUUACGAAAGGUUAGUUCUACCUUACGAAAGGCAUCGGAGGGGAGAGGAAGACAAGCCACUUCCUCCAUCUAAACCUCGUAAACAGUACAAGAGGAACGAGGAGGGAAAGGGCAAAACCGAGAGCAAGAAAAGGCGUCGGACAGACGGAGAUGACCCAGAGGAAAUUGUGAGAGGCAGUCAUCCCUGUGAGAGAGGAGUGUGUUCUCAUUCUGGACCAUGGCCAGUUUCCUCGGAGCAUUCAGAUGGUAACCAGGUCUCACCUCAAGACAUGUGCCUCAGAGAGAAGCCUCUUCUUCAGCCGCUAGUCCCCGCCCUUGUUAUUUCCCCUCUGGAGAAGAAGAAGCGUCUGGCGCAGGCGAGCUUGAGCGUAGCACCCCCUGCUGGCCUGGAGGACGGAACAGAGCCUGAGAGACCCUCUGUGAUUCAUCUGUCACAUUCAUCCAUACCUUCUGGACGCGCAAGCCACAACUCUGACGGCUCACCGCUGCCUCUGUCCUCCCCUUCCUCCUCGCGGAGCCCCUCCCCUUCCUCUGUUUCCUCCGAGGACUGUGUGGCUGUGCCGACCCAGAAGACAACAGCUCUGGAAGCAGAGAAGCAGAAACCAGCACGUUUUGGAGCUUUGCCUGAAUCUGGUGCGCGCGUGUGCCAGCCGUUACCCUUCGUCCCUUACCCCAGCCCUAAAGACGCGUCCUCUCUGUCACGCCCACUUCACCACAACUUCCUUAACGUCUCUGCUACGCAUCCAGACAAAACCCAGAGAUACCCAGCGCUCCGGAUACCCGUCUCCACAUCUCUAGGCUCACAAUACUGGGUGCCGUCAACCUCAAGCUUCACCAAGGUCGUCCCUCGCUCCUGUGAUUACUGGAGUGGGUCGGUACAGUCGCUUUACAAACCCCACAUUCCAAAUUCCAAGAGGCCAAGUAGCGCCGAGGCCUAUGUCAAGAAGAUCCCAUCUCCUGUGCGCUUCAUAGAGCGAAAGGACAAAUCCAAGAUGGUGGUUCCCAAGCCAAUGCCAACCCAACAGUACCUCGUGCACCAAACCGGAUUGCCCAGCUUGUCGUACGUGCUGCCAGGUUUGGAACGGCCCAGAGUGCAGGCACUGGAUCAAAUGAAAGCUUUACCCCUCCAACCUGUCCUCUUCCCUCAUCUCAACAUUCCUCCAUCCCAGACACAUCCCACACAUUCCUUGCAAGGUCCCUUCCCUGGGCCGUACGAGCCCACGUUGCGUCCGUACCCAUACUCGGUACCGGUCUGGCAUUCACCCGGCGGGUACAGCAUGGCAACGCUGCAGCCAUAUUAACCCCAACUACUCUGAUCUCCUGGGACUGGAACUGUCACCUGUUUUGAGCAUUUAGUGCUUGAAGUGGGUCGGGGCAAAAUAAUGUAGCUUAUGUUUGGCAUAAGAAAGUCUCACUGAUGUGAUUCACGAAGGUACCUUCUGAUACUCACUCAGCCUUGACAUGGCAUUUUCCUUCCACUAUGAUGACUUGAAUCUUUUGAUAAAUGUCUUUUUUUUAACUUUAUUUGUGUAACUCAACUUAAAAUACAGAUUUAAUCACAUCCACUUGUCAAAAUCUGUCAGUUUUAACGCAGGUUGAAACAGAAGGUAGCAUUUCAGUAGGUUCAUUUUUCCUCAUGAGAGGUUUUUUUUGUCUUUCUGUGAUGAUAUGAUGGAAAAGUCUCAUUUUAAAGCACUGAAUAAGAAAAAUGAAUGCAGCGGCAACUAAACUGUAAGAACCUAGAAGUAAUCAUGGUAAUAAUUAAAAUUCAAAUGAACAAAGGAACAAACAGAGUAUUGACAAUCCAUUACUUUGCACUACUGAUUGAAUCCCUGUAUAAAUGAUCGCCAAUGGAGUAAUGUGUUUGUUAAGACAGUUUGUAUAUUUGUACUGUGUAUAUAAUAUUUUAUUUUCUGUUAAAUAUAUUUGCUUUGUAUAAAAUUCCUCUCAGGUUCAACAAAAGUGUUUUAUAUUACUGUUUAGUGCACUGAAAGCAAUCGAAAUAAAAAUGAUUGACAGGGUAGGAACAAUGUUCCAAAAUGCACAAAUUGCACCAUUUGCUAUUGUUUUGCAGUUGUGUUAAUGGUGUAGCGCCCCCUAUUGGCCUAAGUGCUGACUCUGAAUCUCUCUCUGGGAGUCAUUAAUAAAAAUACUCUGAUACA